AUGCUGCGGAUCAUCGCACGCCGUAUCGUGCGCGGCGACCAGAUCGCAGCGGCGUCGCGCGGCCUGUUCAUUAGCGCCACUGGUGGGGACAGGGACGGCACCUGGGAAAACGAGGCCACGGACGAGGAGAGGCGCAUCGCGCAGAAGGUCGUGGACGGCGUCGGCGCGGCGGCGGUGGCUGUGCGGGACAGUUCCGGGGGCUGCGGCACGAUGUAUGAGAUCAUGGUGGAGUCCGACUCGUUCGAAGGGAAGAGCAUAGUCAAGCGGCAGAUGAUGAUCACCAAGGUCCUCAGCGACGACAUUCCCAACUGGCACGGCUUCACGAUGGAGACGGACGUCCCGGGGAAGACGUCGGUGUCGGACAUCAUCAGCGAGUUGCAGAAGCAGUGA